AUGCUUUCUAAAAGGAUUCUUUCUGUUGUUAAAAGUUCAUUGAAAGUCCCAUCGGGUGCUCUCCACACCACUACUACUUGCUCUGCUGGUGGUGCUGAAGUUGGAAAGAUUCUCGAAGAAAAAAUCUUGGGUCAAGAUACUGGAUUUAAUCUUGAAGAAACUGGUAGAGUUCUUUCUAUUGGAGAUGGUAUUGCUCGUGUAUAUGGAUUAAAAAAUAUUCAAUCAGAAGAAAUGGUAGAAUUUGACUCUGGAAUCAAAGGUAUGGCUCUUAAUUUAGAAGCUAAUGAUGUUGGUGUUGUCGUCUUCGGUAACGACAAAGUUAUUCGUGAAGGUGAUGUUGUUAAGAGAACUGGAGCUAUUGUUGAUGUACCAGUUGGUGAUGCUUUAUUGGGACGUGUUGUUGAUGCUUUAGGAAACCCAAUUGAUGGAAAAGGACCAAUCAAACAAGCAAAACGCUCUCGUGUCGAAGUUAAAGCUCCUGGUAUCAUUCCACGUAUCGGAGUACGUGAACCUAUGUUCACAGGAAUUAAAUGUGUUGAUUCUCUCGUUCCAAUCGGUAAAGGACAACGUGAACUUUUAGUAGGUGAUCGUCAAACUGGAAAAACUGCUAUUUGUAUUGAUACAAUUAUUAACCAAAAAAGAUUCAAUGAAGGAUCAGAUGAAAGCAAGAAACUUUACUGUAUCUAUGUUGCUAUUGGACAAAAAAGAUCUACUGUCGCCCAAAUUUUGAAACGUCUUACAGAUGCUGACGCCAUGAAAUACACAAUUAUUGUUUCUGCUACAGCUUCUGAUGCUGCUCCACUUCAAUUCUUAGCUCCAUACUCUGGUUGUGCUAUGGGAGAAUUUUUCCGUGACAAUGGAAAACAUGCUCUUGUUAUUUAUGAUGAUUUAUCAAAACAAGCUGUUGCCUAUCGUCAAAUGUCUCUUCUCCUUCGUCGUCCACCAGGUCGUGAAGCCUAUCCAGGUGAUGUCUUCUAUCUUCACUCACGUCUUUUAGAACGUUCUGCUAAAAUGAACAAUUCUCAUGGAGGUGGUUCACUUACUGCUCUUCCAAUUAUUGAAACCCAAGCUGGAGAUGUAUCUGCUUAUAUUCCAACAAAUGUAAUUUCAAUUACUGAUGGACAAAUUUUCUUAGAAAGUGAACUUUUCUACAAAGGAGUUCGUCCAGCUAUUAAUGUUGGUUUAUCUGUCUCACGUGUAGGAUCAGCUGCUCAAACUAAAGCUAUGAAACAAGUUGCUGGUUCUAUGAAACUUGAAUUGGCUCAAUAUCGUGAGGUUGCUGCUUUCGCUCAAUUUGGUUCUGAUCUCGAUGCUGCCACUCAACAACUUCUUAAACGUGGUGUACGUCUUACAGAACUUCUUAAACAAGGUCAAUAUGUACCAAUGGCUAUUGAGGAACAAGUUUGUGUUAUUUAUGCUGGUGUUCGUGGAUAUCUUGAUAAAAUUGACCCAUCAAAGGUUACCAAAUUCGAAAAAGAAUUCCUUGCUCAUAUCCGUGCCAAUGAACAAGCACUUCUUAAAACUAUUCGCGAAGAAGGACAAAUUUCUCCAGACAGUGAUGCUAAACUUAAAGCUUUAGUUCAAAAUUUCCUUUCUGGUUUCAAAGCUUAG